AUGUCACAUCCACAGAUUGCGCCAUUCAUCAAAUGUUAUGACGACCGUCAACCUCCGAAGUUAAGUACCACAAUAAAAGGUACUUCUCCAACGAUCUCCGUCCAAUCCAUUUCCUUUGAUUAUUAUCCCAAAGAAGAUGGGGAGCUUCGUCGGUGUUGUAUCAUAUGUGAGUAUCAUGGCAUUCGUGUUUGGGAUUGUGAGAACUUAGAAAGCUUUACGGAGCUCUUUACAUAUCCUGUUGAAGACAAUGCCAUUCCGAUGUACGCGGCCUUUUCCAAACAUCCGCCUCCCAUUCUAUUCUUUGUUACUCGUAACAAUCAAUUAGUAUCGGUGACCUUCGACACUACCGGGCCUGUCGCAAGUUCUUUCUUUACUAAUCCGUACUCGCAAUUUGUUCUCAACAAUUCAUAUUUAUUCGCUUUGACUCCCGAAGGUGCUCUUCAUAUGUAUAACAUCAACACACUUCCUCCAACAUAUCUCGCCUCCUUCCAAUCUACUCUUUAUCUCAUCAACUCUCGCCCUUUGGCGGUCAGCUCCGCUUAUAUCGCAUAUCCAACUUACGAAGCACCACUCACUUACAACGUCCCACCACAGAGUUUGGGCUCCAUCGCUACAGAAAAGCUCACGACGGGAGUCUCCUGGUUGACUGACAAUUUGCAGAAGGCGGUGUAUGGGACAAAAAGCGAGAAACCGGACGAGGAGGAAGCUAAAAAGGAAUUUGUCAUCGUCGGCGACUUCCGCGCAGCGCCCGCGACUAAAACAAUUCAACGGAUCUGCCACUUCUGCGCGACAACGUCGAGGAUCCGCGCAAUGGCGUUUGACCACAAAGGCGAGUUAUUGAUCACGUGCGACGACAAGGGGUACCUCUUCAACGUCUAUCGGAUCAAUCCAAGUGGUGGGGAGGACCACUUAUUUGUGUUAAAUCGUGGUACGACAAAAGGGGUGAUCACACAUAUUGAGACGUCAAUUGACAGUUCUAUUGUAGUGAUAUCGUCGACUAAAACGUCGCAUAUCUUUAAAAUUGACAUGGACGUGGUGAAUAGUCGAAACAAAAAGAUUAGCGCGAGUGGAGAGAGUGAGGUGCGUUGGUUGAAUAUCAUAAAGAAGAUCUCUGUCGACAACGAAGAAGGUUCGAUUUGCGUCUGUUUUGAUGGGACGACACUUGCGCAGGGGAUUAACUGUCGGAGUGUCAUAUAUAAGAUGGGGAAGGAGCUGAGUAUUUCUGGGCAAGUAGAAUUGAACUUUCCGAGCGAAAGUCAAUAUUUGAAUAAGUCGCUGUUUGAGUUGGCGACGAUCAUAGGGGAGGAGGACAUUUAUAAGAACUGCGAGAGCAGAGUCGUCACAUUUGACGAGACGAAGGUCAAAAGGCUGACGAAAGAAACAAAUAAAUUUGCGAUAGGGAAGGUGGCGAUUGCGAAACAAAAGGCACUUCUUGAGAAGACGAUGAGCGGAUGGCUUAAUGCCACUACAAAUGUGUUUGACAUUGAUUACACAGUUAAACAGGAUCACGAGGAGAUAGUUAGUGACUGCGAAGAUGGCGAGAUAAAGAAUGACAAGAAAGAAGAAGAGAAAAGUGAAGAGGAAGAAGAGAAUCCAUAUGCAGUGAAAAUUGAAAGUGGCAAAGAUGAGAGCAAAGUCGACGAACAUAAAGAAGAAGAGAAGAUUGGAAGUGCACUAGAAGACGGGGAGGAGAAUAUUGUAGUGUGA